CUGUGGCCGAGCGCGAUGUUAUCGUGUUUGCUCCGCCUCGCGUCUAGGAUUAUAAUCAAGGAAAUACAACCGAGACGCUUCAGUCCUGCCUUUAAACCCAGCUCUCGUAACAUCCCUAAACCUGCUGUCUGCAGCCACUGCUCAAUCCAGGCUAGAGCCGCUACAACCACCGAAAUGGGGGUGAAAGUACAUAUCGUUUACUGUGGUGGAUGAGGGUACAGACCCAGGUUCAUGAAGCUCAAGACGUUGCUUGAGGAUGAAUUUCCAGGCGACCUUGAGAUCACGAGUGAGGGCACUCCUACAACAACCGGGUGGUUUGAGGUGCAGGUGAAUGGUGUACUCAUACACUCAAAGAAGAAUGGGGACGGCUUUGUGGACAACAGUCAGAAGAUGGCCAAGAUCGUGAGCGCCAUUAAGAAUGCCAUAGGCAAAUGAAGCUGCGCCAAUGUCGGAGUUUGUUCAUCUCUGUUUGUUGAGCUCCCUGAAAGUGCAACAAUGAUGGUGACUUCCGAAGUGUCUCUGGCACGGACGUUACUUGAUGCUCUCCUGCACUUUCACGGAGGAGGCUUUCCGUGUGGGCAAACUCCAGGAAACGGUUCUAUGUAACGCUUAAAGAAUUGAAAAGACAUGCAAAUAUGUUUACCUUUCUGUUUGCUUUUUUGCUUUUAGUUGAAAAUUGGACAAGUUAAAUGAUUAUGAAGAUUUGUGCAAUAAUAAAGAGAAAACAAAUUCAGAACAAA